AUGUUAGUUCAACAGGACACGCGUUCUUCUCCAAGAUGUAAAUCAAACACGUUUACGGAAUUGUUUGUCUUUCGUUUCGGAAAUGCACCCUUUGUAUUCAUGAAAGUGAAUGAAUAUGGGAUUGAGACGGCGGAUUUUGAGAACGAAGAAGGGAAGGCGUUUGAUUGGUGUAGGGACUAUUUUGAAGAAAGAAAUGAGUUGAGAGACGGUGAAAUAGAUAUAAAGGAGAGCAUGCAAGAAGUGUUUAGAGGGCUUAAGUUUAAUAGGCUUGCCGAUAUUGACGAGGUGGUGGCUGAAGACAAUGGAGAGGGUUCUGACGAAACAUCAUUUCAACUGGUAAUAAAAGGGAGCCUUCUACUCGCUCUCCGAUCAAAGAACCUUAACGACAAAAGAAUGUUCUAUAAUUCAUUGAAAUUUUUCUGUGACAUCAAACAGCAGGCUAUGCGGAAUAGCCCGAAUAAAGCUGUUGAUGAAAUGAUGAAGUCUGAAACAAUGGAAUACAAUAGCGAAGGUGAAGACGAGAAUGAGGGCGAGAAUGAGAAAGAUGACAAUCACAAAAGUGCAGAUGAUUUAAUAAAAGAUCUAGUUAAUAAAUGUAAACGUCAUGAAGAGGAUAUCUGCGCUUUACAAGACACGAUAGACCAAAGGACAAAAGAAUUUAAAUCAUACAUAACAAAGUUUCGAGAGUUAGAUCGAGAAACAAAGGAUUUGGCUGAAUCACUCUUGCUGUCGCGUACUCGCUCUGUUGAAAGUACGAGCACAGCACUUGAAGAUACCGUUCAAAUGAGCGAAAACAUGUCAACCAGGCUUAAGGAAUUACAACAAAGAAUUGAAACGGGGAAAACUACAUUGCAAAAAUACCAACAAUCGCUGGAGGCUAUGCAGAAAGAAGUGGAGAAGAGAAAGAAGAAGGCUAAAGAUCUCGCUAUGUACAAAAUGAUAUUGGGUGGUAAGUGA